AUGCCUUCCUCACUAGAAAUUCAACUUCAGAACCAGACUUCCUCAAGCGAGGUCUAUGCCUACAUUACCGGGCUGGCGUUGCAAAAGAACAAUGCCCGCGUUCUCCUCAAGGCCAACGGCCAGGACCUCUACUACCCAGAGGAGCCGCGCAAGAUCCUCAGCCCGCUCAUGGAGGAUUGCGCCAUCCCUCUCGGCCCGCCGGGGAACACGGUGACGGUAAAAAUUCCCCAGAUGGCCGGCGGCCGCAUCUGGUUCAGCAGGGAGGGCAAGCUCACCUUCCUCUUGAACCCGCCUGGGCCCGCGCUUGUCGAGCCCUCGGUUCUGAACCCUAGCGACCCCAAUCGCAACGUCGACUUUUCAUUUGCCGAGUUUACCCUCAACAACGACCAGCUGUUUGCCAACAUCAGCUACGUCGACUUUGUGCCACGUCUACCUAUCGCCCUCACCCUGCAAGACGGCAACGGCGUGCAGCACGUGUCAGGGAUGCCGAGCGACGGGCUAGAAAAGGUCUGCGAGGGCCUCCGCGCCCAAAAAGAAAGGGACGGGAAGCCGUGGGACAAGCUCAUCGUGUCUACCAAGGGCCGGCCCCUGCGUGCCCUGAGCCCGAUGCACGGAAAUGCGGUGCGCGCAAAUUUUGACGGCUAUUUUGAGCCGCUAGUGGAGGAGGCGUGGAAAAAGUACCACUGCAAUAGCGACUGCCAGAUGAAGAUCAACACUCAGGCGGCGCCCGGCGUCCUGCCGGGGGCGGUUUCCGAGUCGGACGAGUUGGAUAUUGGGGGUGAAAAGUUCAAGAAACCCACGACGGCAGACAUUCUAGGCUGCAACAGCGGGCCUUUUACGACGGGGCCGUCGCCCAAGCGCAACGCCAUCAUCCCGAGGCUGGCUGCUGCGUUUGCGCGGGCGGCGGUCAUGGACGCCGAGCACCACCCGUCUGACCCGUGCACUUUUUACAAGCGGGAUCCGGCAAACCACUAUGCACGCAUCGUGCACGAGGUUAAUUUGGACGGCAAGGGGUAUGCAUUUGCCUAUGAUGAUGUGCAGCCGGAUGGAGGCGCGGAUCAGUCGGGCAAGGUCAACGCAGGCUCUCCGUCUUUGUUCAUCGUGACCGUUGGAGGCGAAAAUGCGUAUGCCGGCGAUAGGUUACCGUAG